UUGAGUAACGGGAGCCUCUCUCUCUCUCUCUCCUUCUCCCUCCCGCUCGCCCUCCGUUGGCCAUGCUCUCCCCCUCCCUCUCUAUUCCUCUCUUUGCCUCUCCCUCCCUCCCUCUCUCCCUCCCUCCCUCUCUUGUCCCCUGCCUCCUCUCCUCCUCCUGUGACUGCUCACACCUGCCUCGUCUUCUGUACACUUUUUUUUUUUUUCCAGCACAAUUACCCCUCGGCCUCCUGAGCGCACACUGCAAACAUUUCCCCUUCUGGAUUUUGGGAGACAAACACGCAGAAGCACCUUGCUAAAAAGAACACAGGCCCCCCAUCAGCAGCAUGAAGUCGGCGUGUCUCGUCCUGCUCCUCGGCACGGCCUGCUGGGCCCUGCCCUUUCGUCAGUCGGGCUUCCUGGACUUCAUGGUGGAGGACGAGGCGGGCUCGGGGCUGCCCGAGGAGACCGCGGAGCCGGCACCGCCCAUGCUGCCAGUCCCAGAGGGACCCAUGUGCCCCUUCAGGUGCCAGUGCCACCUGCGAGUCGUGCAGUGCUCCGACUUGGCCCUGAAAAAUGUCCCAGAAAAAAUUCCUGCAGACACCACGCUGCUUGACCUGCAGAACAACAAGAUCAGCGAACUUCGAGAGAACGACUUCAAGACCCUGAAGGGCCUACAUGCCUUGAUCCUCGUGAACAACGUAAUCACCACCAUCCAUCCCAAAGCCUUCAUGCCUCUGGGCAAGCUGCAGAGACUCUACCUCUCCAAGAACCUGCUGAAGGACAUGCCACCAAACAUGCCCAAGAGCCUGCAGGAGCUGCGCAUCCACGAGAACGAGAUCUCCAAGAUCAAGAAGUCCGCCUUCGAGGGCAUGACCCACGUCAUAGUCAUGGAACUGGGAUCAAACCCUCUGACGAGUUCUGGGAUUGACAGCGAGGCCUUUGCCGAUCUGAAACAGGUCUCUUACAUCCGGAUUGCUGACACCGGCCUUACCGAGAUCCCCAAAGGCCUUCCCAGCUCCAUGUCUGAACUCCAUCUGGAUGGGAACAAGAUCACCAAAGUCCAGGCAGAGAGCCUCAAGGGUCUGAAAAGCCUGGCCAAGUUGGGUCUGAGCCACAACGAGAUCAGCGUGGUGGAGAACGGAACCAUGGCCAUGGUGCCACACCUGCGUGAGCUGCACCUGGACAACAACGCUCUGACCAGCGUACCCUCGGGCCUGCCUGACCACAAAUACAUCCAGGUUAUCUAUCUCCAUAGCAACAAGAUUGCUGCGGUAGGAACUGAGGACUUCUGCCCCCCUGGUUUCAACACCAAAAAGGCCAUGUACUCAGGGAUCAGCCUGUUCAGCAACCCCGUACCCUACUGGGAGAUUCAGCCAAUCACUUUCCGUUGUGUCUUUGACCGCUCCGCCAUCCAGCUCGGAAACUACCGGAAGAAGUAGAUAGUUAGUGGCUGAAGACCAUUUCCUAUGACUGUGCUGCCCCCUCUUCCCCCCCCCCCCCCCCAACCCCGCCCCCCGCCCCCUCGCCCCCCAGAGUCUUUGUACUGCACACCCCAUAAAGCAAUAACUAGAAAGACAGAUCCAACUCCAUAUUUUUUACACAAUCCUGAAAAUCACAGCAACUCACAAAACACAUAACUGACAUCUUUUGGCUAGUCUGGGUCAGUCCUUACAGUAGAAAACUACAAUCCCCAAUGGUAUCCAAGUGUACGGUUGUACAUGUUCACAUCACACUUUAGUGGAAUCUAGGGUGGUGCGGAAGAAGAUAAUGGAAAAGACAACAGCAGGAGAUUUCAAGAAAAAAAGAAAUAUUUCAAAAAUGUAAAAAUUAACACUUAAAGGUAAUGAACAGCAACAUUUUGCCCUAUAACUCCCACAUUGGUCAGACAAAAACUGGAAAAUGAUGAAAACAUUUUAGCUAUGCUGAGUCUCUAGGGCCUAAGUGCCUAAUCAUAUUAACUAUCCCUCUGAUAAUUUCAUCAGCUGGCCUGCAGAGCGGGCAGCAAAGGGUUAACUUGCAUCUCAUCAACAAUAUCAACGGCAAGAACUGGUGUACAAGAAUGUACUAGAAUAUCAUGUAUUUAGAGGUAGUGUUCAAAGUGUACUACGGGGAUAGGAGUACACCCUGACAUGUACCAUUUUCUUUUCGUAUUGUAGUUAGUUGAAGUAGAAAAAGUAGUUUUUAUUCUGCCAAAUUUCUAUAUCUUCUGCUUGCUUUACAUGAUUCUCGAAAAAAAUAAGAAAAGUUUUUGUACUCCCCUGUGUUUAAACAUUUCAAAUGUUUUAUUUUUUAUAAUAUGCUGAACAACUCCAAAUCAUCAAUGUAUUGUAACGAGCAGUUGAAAAUAAAACCAGGGCAAGCAGAUAGAAUAAGCUGCGUACAUUUUCACGAAAGGUCUUUCACACAGACCUGUUCUCAUACAUUCGCUUUUCGACCGACCUUGGAUUAUGGAUUGCAGUGUUUGUGAUUUGUUGUUUGUUUAUUUGUUUGAUAUCUUUAAGUUUGAAGACUGAGGGAAGCUGGCUGCAGGAUGAUCACGCCCACCAUGCUGAUGUUAGUUUGAAUGUUCUGUGUAUAGAUGCUGUAUAUACAGGCUGUAUAAUACCUUUUUAUUGUUUUCAAGCAUUUCUUGCAGUAGUUCAGACUGAACCUAUCAGUGACUUAGGUGAAUCUCUCGAUCAGGGACUCUGCCCGAGGUGUCACUAACCUGAUAAAAGUCAGAUAAUAAAAAAGAAAAAAAUGCAAAAUAAAUUAUUGCAUUCCACAUGAGGAUUGAUUCUCUACACCCAGUCAGACACAACUACUUGCAUCUAUGAUUAAUUGCCCCACCACUAGAAGGUUCAACAGCAUCAUCUUCACAGAAGAAGGCAGACAUCGGCAAGCGAACACUUUAUACUGUGCUCCAUGACACUUUAUGAACACUGGCACAUGCCCAUAAAACUGAGAAAGAGACCCAACAAUUAACGACAAUAUAUUGCAUUUUCCAAAUAUUUUCGGAACCCUAGUGUUUUGUCAUCUCAGGCUAAAUUUUAUUUCUGAAUUUACGACUUGUGACUCAGUUGACUCACACACAGAGGGGUUGUCUUCCCCGUGUGACGACUGAAAUUAACGAGGAACGUGAGGACAGCCAGUGCCUUGUGGUAUUAAUCUUCAGUACUUUGAAAAUAUCUUCUGUUUUUUUAAAAAAAAAUAGUUGUCUUUCUGUUUGAAUUUGUGUAUAUUUCACCUCAGUGUCUUUAUAGUGUGAUAAGUAACUGACAGGAGAAAAGAGCAUUUCUCCAGUGAAUAGAGAAAUUUUAGCAGAUGUCCAGACUUGAGGCCAGAACAUAACCCUGAGGUCUGCAUCCAAUAUGCCAGAACAGAGGCAAAAAGAACAUCUGAGAGCAUUCAGUAGGCACAUAAAACAUUAACCAUAGAUCAUGCUUUGAGUUUUGUGCACAUAAAAAGAUUGUAAUAAAACUACAUAUAACCAUUUUGUAUAAAAUUUAUAACUUAAAAUUGGAUAAUAUUCUAUUCCGGUUGUGGUAGUCUUUCCUUUCUGAUAUUAAAAUAUAUAGCGAUUACAUGAA